AUGGUACUCGUGUCAGAAUCCACCAGACAAGUGGUUCUGCUGGAGCUAACUGUUCCCUGGGAGGAGCGGAUAAGUGAAGCCAACGAGCGGAAGAGGGCGAAGUAUGCCGAGCUGGUAGUACAAAGCCAGAGUAAGGCGCGGAGAGCCCGGUACAAGACGUAUUAUAUCUUCGUCCUGGUGUGUGAGUUCAUCCUGCCGGUCCUCAUCAUGUCCUACUGCUACAUCCGCAUUGCCUGUAAGAUCUGGAACCGCAGUGUCCCUGGACACCACACCCAGUCUCAGGAGGAAGCCAUCAUCAGAUCCAAGAGACGAGGUGUCCGUCUGCUCAUCAUCAUCCUGAUUCUGUUUGUGCUCUGUUGGGGACCGUUCUACGGCUACGCCAUCGUGCGAGACUUCUUCCACGACAUCCUUUCCAAGACCGAGCUAAACUUCACCCUGCACUUCGUCAUGGAGUCCCUGGCCAUGUCCAACAGUAUGAUCAACACCAUCGUCUACACGGCCAUGAACGACAACGUCCGCAAAUACGUCAGAAAGCUGUUCACGGAGCUGAGGGACAAGUGGCGGAACCGGAAGCACCGCCGAGUGGGCAUCACCCCUGUCAACACCGUCAGCACCAUCGCCGUGGCGUUUGAGAAUGGCGGCCGAUUCAGCCCGAGGGACCAGGCGCGUGCUCUCCUCGGGCACGGGGACCCUACCCGUGUUGUACCGAUGUCUGGUCCGAGGGACCUUGCCCAAGCUGAUCGGGGCUCCAUCGGCUUCCAGUACAGACAGGGGCGAAGGACGGGCCAGGGCCACAGGACUGUCGUCGCACCGCUAGAGAUGCAGACACACAGCGAGUUGUCAUCUGUGGAGAUGGUAUAAGAAAUCUUUACUUGUCUUUGACAUUCCAAAGAUGAAAGAAAUGCUUCGGAAUAUCUGUGAAGUAAAACAUCUUAAGAAAGAGAAAUGAGUCGUAACAGGUAGGCCCUUGUUCUUGAGAUUUGUACAGGAGAUCAUUUCUAAUGGACACAAAUCUUAAGGGCAAGGUGCAACGCUGGCCAUGUCCUACCCAUCCUAUUUCAAGGACGGUUUACUCCGUCGGGUUCUUCGCAGCUGCAGAGUUCGUAGAGGUGACUAAAAAUGAUGACGCGGCUAUCGAACAUGCAUUGGCGUUUUAGUUAAGAUUUUGUGUGAGUUCCGUUAAGAUCGUAGGGAAAGAUGGGGCAAGACUUUGAGGGAUAUGGCCAGAUAUUUCAUGAGCUACUUUCAACAUAGUCAUAGUAAUUUCUCAAGUCAGAGAGGACCUUCAUUUCAAGGAAUUCACGAACUGUUGUCAAGAAAUUAAAUGCUAACUAUGAUUCCCAUAGUGAAUGAAAAAUACACAGAUGUACCCAUGUUUGAGCGUGUUCCUCUCUGUAUCUCUUAUUCUCUCUCCUGUGUGUGUGUGUGUGUGUGUGUGUGUGUGUGUGAGAGAGAGAGAGAGAGAGAGAG